UAAAUCCGUCCCUGAACUCUGAAAUGGUAUGAAAGAUUUUAAAAAGGUUAACACAUUAGAAAUGUUCAGACAGAUUAAAGCCCAACUACAGUGUGACCCUGUUGCCCAGUGUACCUGUAUUUUGCUUCAAAUUUGUUCUCUUUGCUAUUUAUCCAUUAUUUUGAAAAUAAGGAGAUAUGAACAUGCAUGACUGACAGCGAGACACAUUCUCCAACAAAAUUGAUUGAUUGUUCGCUGAUUAACGUCCAGUGGCAAAUAUUUCAUGCAUGUUCAGGACGAUAACGACAACAGGGCAGGAAUAUAAAGAAUUAGAUGUGAUAUUCAUGCCAGUGAGACAACUAUCCUCCAAAAACAAAAGGGGGUGGAUGUAAAGUAAUGUUUAAGAUAAGGAGAUGUGGUAUGAACUAUCCACCAAAGUCUAUAAGAUGCCGAUGAAACAAUUACAGCCGUACUGCCUUCAACAAUGAACAAGACUUAUAAAAGUAAGCUAUAAUAUGGACCAGGCAUGUCAAAGUGAAAAACAAUUAACAAAAUUCCUUCCAAUAUAAGUACUAGUAUAUUGUCAUCAUAGCCACUGUCACAUAAGUGGGGCAUAAAAGGGAGGGUUUGGCGCAGGCAAACAUAUUUAACCCUGCCACAUUCUCAUAAAUCUCCUUGUGCCAGUCCCAAGUUAGGAGCCUGUUAUUCAGUGGUUGUUAUUUGUUGAUGUAUAUCAUAUUGUUUUGUACAUAAAUUAGGCCGUUAGAUUUCUCGUUUGAAUUGUUUUACAUUUUUCAUUUUGGAGCCUGUUAUAUAGCUUACUAUGCGGUGUGGGCUUUUUCUCAUUGUUGAAGGCCGUUCGAUGGCCUACAGUUGUUAACUUCUACGUCUUUUUGUCUUUGGUGGAGAAUUGGCAAAGUAACUAUAUAUCAUCACCAAAAUCAUAUAGGUUGGGCAUAGGUAUUUGCAAUUUAUUCCGGACUGUCGAUUUUAGGACUUUUGUUUUAAAUUAGACAUAAUAAAUUAUAUAUAAUAAUUGUAUAAUGAAUUAAUUUUACAAAGCAUUCCGCUCAAGCCGGUGCUAACAGCCGUCUUAAACUUGCAGUGAGGUGAGAGUUAUUUUACUCCGUGUUGAAGGCCUCACUGUGACUUUGAGAUGAAGAACAGCAAUAAAAGCGCUGUUCCUUUGCUCUUUAUGUUGUUUUUUUUGCUGUGCAUGUUCAGAUUUUGUGUCAUGGAUGGAUACCACACAUCCUUCGUUUUUCUAUGCUUACGGUAAAAUAUAAGCAGUGCAGAUAUAUCUUUGAAAGAUCGACAUAUUAUGUACUUUUAGUCAAGCGUUGUCAUUGUUAGAUGAAGCGAACUUAUAGUGUCCGUACUUGUUUAACUGGUGGUCCAUUAAGUCAAUAUAAAUGUAAAUUCCCUCGGAAUGCUCCACAAUUACAUGAUAAACUUUCAAUUUGAUUUUUUAACGCGUUGUUAAUGUGGUAUAUAAUAUAUCUCUUUUUUUACAGAUGCUGUGGCUUAUUUUAUCUACAUUUUUUCUCACAACAAUAUCCAGUACUAAGGCAGCUUCUGAUGACGUCGUUACGUUUGAUGUCAGAUUUCUGGACGGAAGGGAAAUAAUUUAUAGCUUCAACAGAUCUGAUUAUGGCGACUGUAUUUAUACAUCCAAACACCAACAGGUCACAUGCAUGGUAAAACGGAAGUACAAAUCGAUAGUGGAUAAAUGGAAAUACCGCCCUACACAGUUGGAUUAUCUGUCAGUUAAUUGUAUGGAACAGACCUAUUAUGCAAAUAAUCGCCAUGCUUGUAUUUGUGUGAACGGAAGUGAUGCUGCGAAUCCUGGGAAAUAUAAGCAACAUGAUAAUUUGCAUUACUGCCAUCUAACAACAUUGCCGGAAGGUAUGUUUGCGAAAUUAUCACAGCUUAAACUUUUGGAUUUGUCAAGUAAUGCAAUCAGGGACGUACAGGACAACACCUUUGCUGGAUUACAUUCUCUGAUGUACCUGGACCUCAGUCACAAUCCUAUUAGUUCUAUUGCUGUGAAAUUUCUUUGUGAUAUGCACAUGUUAGAAGUAUUAAAACUGAAUAAUAUAAGUAUGAGCAGCAAAAUAUUUCAUAAACGAAUUCUGUACUGUUCGUCGGCGCUAAAUAAACUUAAAUUCAUCGACUUGAGUGACAAUCAUAUCGAAAGCAUUCCAAAUCAACUGUUUGACGGUAUUCCUAACGUUCAAACACUUAUUCUUCGUAACAACUGGAUUAACUUUAUUUCCGUAUCUGCAUUCUUUGGGGCAAGUAAUCUUGAAUAUUUGGAUAUAUCUAAAAAUCAUCUUCCUGCAAUUCAAAGUUCGUUUUGUAAGUUCAUGUAUCAAGUUAAGUAUAUUAACAUAUCUUCGAAUCGAUUGACACAUCUCGAUAUGGAUGACAUGUCUAAUUGUGAAACAAUGACCGUUUUCGAUAUCUCAAAGAACAUGAUACGUGAUAUUAAGGGAUCGUUAUCACAGAGGUCAGAUUUACAAGUUUUUAACGCUUCCGGAAACGGUAUAAAGAAAGUUAGUGAUAAAUUUCUUCUAAAUGCAACACACAUAAAUGUAAUGGAGCUAUCUUUCAACGAUUUGCAUCAGAUAUCCGCGGAAGUCUUCAACAGCAUGACAGAAUUAAAAAUACUAAAACUGAACGGGAAUGCCUUCAAUGACACUGCAGACUUUCUCGACAUCUUUAACUACACUCAAAAUCUAGAAGUAUUAAAUAUAAGUUCAAAUGGUAUUAGUCAUAUUGUAAAUGAUACGUUUCAGCUUCUAAAGAGUUUGCAAACUUUGGAUUUAUCUAACAAUAGCAUCUCAAAAACGUUUUCCGAUACAUUUAAAGGGAUGCAGUCACUAAAAGCAUUAUACCUUCAUCAUAAUGACAUCCGGGAUAUAAACAGAACAUCACUCCUACCAUUGACGUCAUUAGAGACUAUCGAUUUAUCGCAUAAUAUGAUCGACAAUAUCCUAGACAACGUUACAAUGCCACAAGCCUUGACAAAUGUGAAUUUAGAAGAAAACAUUUUGAGUAAAUUUCCAAAAUGUUUCAAUAAUACGACCCUCAAAAGUCUAAAUCUUAGAAGCAAUAUAAUUGCUACAAUGAAAGGAAAUCGUACCAAGGAUUUACAAAGUUUAGAAAGACUUGAUCUCAGUUUCAAUCAGUUUGACUCGUUCGAUAAUGUAUCUUUUAUAAACAUGACGUCAUUGUCGGAUUUGAAUUUAUCCUUCAAUAUCAUAUCCGGAGAUUUAUCUGCUGACGUUUUUCGUGGAACAGAAAAUUUAACUAUUUUGAAUCUUAAAAAGAAUUAUAUAAGUAAUAUCGAAAAAUUCUUCUCAUUUCAUCGGACGAAAACUAUAACUCAUCUUGAUUUGUCAUUCAACACCAUUUCACAAAUCAAUGCUUUGAUGUCACAUGAGUCCAAUAACCAAUCGGAUCACUUGUUACGGGAACUAAAUUUGGAGCAUGGUUACAUCCUGAAUAUUUCCCGGGAUGCUUUCCUUGGAUUUUUGAAUUUACGUCAAGUUAAUUUAAGAAAUAACAUGCUUAGGACAAUUCAACCGUUUAACAUUGCUUAUAAGACGGAAUUUUUAUUACAAAACAAUCCUCUGUUAUGUAAUUGUAACAUGAGUUGGUUAACAGACAGUUAUGUAACAGUAGGCGAACAUAAAGUGUCAACAUUUGAUUACGAGGUUGGCACCUGCGUUGUGCAGCCAGAAAAUAUAGAACUUCCAGUUAGAAAGGUUCUAAAAAACCAGUUCAGGUGUAAAGUAGUUAAUGACUGCGAUCGAAUGUGUGAAUGUUUUUCGUAUAGCUCCAAUACAAGUCAGAUUGAUUACAUAGAUUGCGACGGCUUGAUUGGCUACAUGCCUGAAAUUUUGUCACGUGAUGCCAGAGUAAUUUAUUUGGAUGGCAAUAGAAUACCCAUUUUGAAAUUGCCAGAACACUAUAGUCCGGAUUUCCAUACAACAGAAUUAUAUCUAAACAAGAGUCAGAUCGGGUUCAUAGAAGAUAUUUUCUUUUCUGGUUUUGAACAAUUGGAAACUUUAGAUUUGAGUAAAAAUAAGAUAUCGACACUUCCAACUGCCGUUUUCAACAACUUGUUGAAUCUAAAAAAUCUUUAUUUGUCAGACAAUAACAUACAAACUGUUUCUCCUUUGUGGUUUAAUGGGCUUUCUCUUAAGAUACUAAAUUUAAACGGGAACAAGAUACACCAUGUUAGUCAAUCAUUUUUGUCCAAAAUUGAUGGCAUGCACAGUCUUCGCUACGUACAAUUACAGAACAAUCCGUGGCAGUGCGAUUGCGAAAAUAGAAAUUUCAGGAUAUGGCUGAAAACUUACGGAAAAGUGGUUCGACAUCGGUAUGAUAUCGAUUGUUAUGGCGAUUCAAAACCAUUGUUAUCAGUUCACUUGUCAGAGUUUGUUUGUCAAGUAGAAGAAAGCCAUGCAAAAAGACGUGGCAUCAUAACAGCUGUGAUUGUUGCAUUGAUUUGUCUUGUCGUGGUUAUGUCAGCAUCAAUAUACUAUAGAAGAGACUUGAUAGCUAUUUUGUAUGUAAAGCUAGGCAUUGGUUGCUUACGACAUAAGUACGAAACUAACAGACCAUACGAUGCAUAUCUCAUAUAUGACACAAAUGACUCAAAGUGUUCUGAUUGGAUAAAUAAAUCUUUAUUAACAUUCCUUGAAAAACGAAGAAAUCCUUAUAAAAUUGUUACAACAGAUAGAAGUAAACUGUUAUCAAGUGUCGCCAACAUUGAAAAUGCACAACUUCAAGAAAGCAAGAGUUGCAUAUUUAUCAUAAACAAUACUGUUAUGUCUAACUCUUGGUGCGUAGAAAACUUCCAUAGAGCAUGGAACUAUGCAAGAAAAAAUCCAAUGUUCAAACUUAUAUUAAUUGUGUACGGUGAUAUAGAAUUAAAUAUGUUAGAACAAGAAAUGAGAGUAAUGCUGUCUCAAGGACAAUAUAUAACAGCCAGAUCAAACUCGGUCUGGGACCGACUGAUUUAUGAACUACCCAAUCCAGAGACUGGAAUCCAUCCUGUGCGAGGUGAAGACGACGUUUCAGAAAAUGACGUAAUUAUCUAUAGUGCGUCAAGUAAUAUUUUGGACGAGUAUGGUAGUGUAUCAGUACACAAAUAUCUGUAAAUAUUUUAGUAGUAAAUAUUAGUUAUUGUGUUUAUGAAUGAUUAAAGUAUGUUAACUAUCA